UAAUUAUUCGUUAACUGGAGUUCUGUUAUAUAAUUGUAUAAUAAUAAUAAUAAUAAUAAUACUACCAUAUUAUUAUUAUAUUAUGUGUUUUCAUUUAUGACUCUAAAAAAAGCUUCGUGAAAAUGGAAGAAUCUCCGGACUCUGAUCUCAACACCAUUUCUGGAAUCGUCAGGAGCAAAUUUGUCCAGAAGUUAUUACUAUUUUCAAGUCUCGCGGCCGUUGCCGUGGGGACUGUUAUCAGCGGGAUUAUGGAUACCUUCUCUCCUCUUUCAAACCUCGACAGACUCUAUAUGGGCCUUCCAGGAGAACUUCUCUUGCGAAUGCUCCAGGCUGUUGUUGUUUGUCUUAUCGUGACAAGUGUGAUAACAGGAAUUGCUGGUCUAAACACUGACAUCAACGCAAAAAUAGCUAGGCGUGCAGCAAUGUACUUUAUCUUGACAACUCUAAUGUCUGUGUGUGUAGGACUCGUCCUGGUACUGGUGAUCGAGCCAGGGUUUAACUUUGCUGUUGGAAUAAAUGAAACUGAGGAUGAGAAAAUGUUUUUCAGUAGCAUUGCAUUAAUGGAUCUAGUAAGAAACAUGUUGCCGCUGAAUCUGGUUCAGGCCUGCUACCAAAAAUACGAGACUCACGUGCAGGUGAUGACUGAAGUUCACGACUCAAAUUCUACAUCCGAAACGAAUGUCACUGAAGUUGAACUGGUGGGUCGCCACGUUAAUGGAGUCAACACGAUGGGCCUGAUUGUCUGCUCCACCGUCUUUGGAGUGGUGCUCAGGAAGAUGGGGGACAGAGGGAAAAUACUUGUUGAUAUUUUCACCAUCCUCUAUGGGAGCACCCAAUAUGUGGUUAACUUGAUUCUGUGCUACUUGCCAGUGGGAGUCUUGUUUCUGGUUGCGAGUCAUGUUUAUGAGGAUCAUGGCUGGGAAAUCAUCUACCAACUGGCCAUGUUUGUGGCUGUGGUUAUCGUUGGGCUCAUAAUCCACGCAGCAGUUGUCCUGCCGAUGGUCUGUCUUCUGUGGGGGAGACGUAACCCUUAUACUGUCAUCAAGACUUUCCUUCCAGCGUUGCAGACUGCAAUCCGCAACUCAUCCAGUUCUGCCACGCUGCCACUCACUUUGCAGUGCUGUGAGGAGAGAAGUGAGAUUGACAGCAGAAUUGCUCGCUUCAUGUUACCCAUCGGGACCAAUGUCAACAUGAAUGGAACUGUCAUUUAUGAGGUGGUCUCUGCAGUAUUUGUUGCCCAGCUCAACCAUAUUCAUCUGGAUUUAAUCCAGCUGAUCACCAUUGGAGUGACAGCAGCUGUUUCCUGCACAGGAGCUGCAGGGCUCCCAGCAAGAGGAGCGGUGACAUCGCUCUUUGUCCUGACUGCCGUCGGAUUACCUGCAGAAGAAGCAUCCAUCUUGCUGGUUUUCGAGUGUCUCCUAGAUCACCUCAACACCGUUGUCAAUCUUUUGGGAGACUGCUUCGGUGUGGCGAUUGUCCACCAGCUGUCCAAAAAGGAACUGGAAGAAAUGGAGCAGCAGAAUCGAGACAGGCAAAGGGUGGAAGCCAGUGGAGCUGAAAGACAAGAUGGGGACAUCUUUUACGACUGCGCUGAAGACAAUCAGCCAUAGACUGUCAUUUGAAUUGGCAUUACAUUUAUUGAAAUGAACUGAUGUAACAUGUGAAGUUGUUGAACUGAUUUAAUAAAUGUAGUUACUGAUUGAAUUGAAAAUUA